AUGUUAGAGUGUAGAAUUCCUCAGGGCCAAUUAUUGAAAAAAAUCUUUGAAUCUAUCAAAGAGAUGGUUAACGAUAUUAACCUUGAAUGUGGAGAGUCUGGCUUAGGUGUGCAAGCAAUGGACGCUUCGCAAGUGUCUCUCAUAUCAGUUUGUCUGCUUAAUGGAGCGUUUGAUCACUACGAAUGCAAAGGACAAUACUGCUUGGGUUUGAAUAUGACCCAAGUAACAAAAGUGAUGAAGCUAUGUGGCCCAGAUGAUCACGUAAUAAUUCGCCACAAUCCAAACACAGAAAGCGAUCGUGUUACAUUUAUCUUUGAAUCUCCAGGUGAACGCAAAGUGAGCAGCUUCGAUUUGCGUUUGAUGUCGUUGCACACAGAUUCGCUGGGAAUUCCAAAAAUGCAGCACGAAGCUGUCAUUGAAAUGUCUACGAAGUCUUUUAUAAAAACAAUUACAGAUUUGUCGCAAUUCAGUGAAACAUUGGUGAUUGACGUUAAUCAGAAAGGAAUUAAAUUUUCUGCAGAAGGAGAUUUUGGUGAAGGAAGUACUUUUUUCCAAGCGAGCCCUCCAGAAGACACUAGUUUAGUUGAAAAUGUAAGUCUAACUUGCACAGCGGACGUUUCAUGUAUUUUUUCAUCGAGAUACAUGCUGUAUUUCGCUAAGGGGUGUAUGUUGGCCGAGCGAAUACAACUGUCUUUGUCAAACAAACAGCUCUUGAAGCUCCAACUCGAUAUUAACAAUGAUAAAUACGUUGGAUCAAUCACUUAUUUCCUCGCACCUAGAUUUGUCGAGAAUGAAUAG